AUGGCUCGACACAGUUCGUUUGCUGAUGUCAAAACCACCUAUAUCGAGAAGAACCUCUUGAAGCACCGACAGGAGAAGGACCUCCUGAAGCACCGACAGGAGGAGGACCUCUUGAAGCACAGACAGGAGGAGGACCUCCUGAAGCACCGACAUGAGGAGGACCUCCUGAAGCACCGACAGGAGGAGGACCUCCUGAAGCACCGACAGGAGGAGGACCUCUUGAAGCACCGACAGGAGGAGGACCUCCUGAAGCACCGACAUGAGGAGGACCUCCUGAAGCACCGACAGGAGGAGGACCUCCUGAAGCACCGACAGGAGGAGGACCUCCUGAAGCACCGACAGGAGGAGGACCUCCUGAAGCACAGACAGGAAGAGGACCUCUUGAAGCACCGACAUGAGGAGGACCUCCUGAAGCACCGACAGGAGGAGGACCUCCUGAAGCACCGACAGGAGGAGGACCUCCUGAAGCACCGACAGGAGGAGGACCUCCUGAAGCACCGACAGGAGGAGGACCUCCUGAAGCACCGACAGGAGGAGGACCUCCUGAAGCACCGACAUGAGAAGGACCUCCUGAAGCACAGACAGGAGGAGGACCUCCUGAAGCACCGACAGGAGGAGGACCUCCUGAAGCACCGACAGGAGAAGAACCUCCUGAAGCACAGACAGGAGGAGGACCUCCUGAAGCACCGACAGGAGGAGGACCUCCUGAAGCACCGACAGGAGGAGGACCUCCUGAAGCACCGACAGGAGGAGGACCUCCUGAAGCACCGACAGGAGGAGAACCUCCUGAAGCACCGACAGGAGGAGGACCUCUUGAAGCACCGACAGGAGAAGGACCUCCCGAAGCACCGACAGGAGGAGGACCUCCUGAAGCACCGACAGGAGAAGGACCUCCUGAAGCACCGACAGGAGAAGAACCUCCUGAAGCACAGACAGGAGGAGGACCUCUUGAAGCACCGACAGGAGGAGGACCUCCUGAAGCACCGACAGGAGGAGGACCUCCUGAAGCACAGACAGGAGGAGGACCUCUUGAAGCACCGACAGGAGGAGGACCUCCUGAAGCACCGACAGGAGGAGGACCUCCUGAAGCACCGACAGGAGGAGGACCUCCUGAAGCACCGACAGGAGGACCUCCUGAAGCACCGACAGGAGGAGGACCUCUUGAAGCACCGACAGGAGGAGGACCUCCUGAAGCACCGACAGGAGGAGGACCUCCUGAAGCACCGACAGGAGGAGGACCUCCUGAAGCACCGACAGGAGAAGAACCUCCUGAAGCACAGACAGGAGGAAGACCUCCUGAAGCACCGACAGGAGGAGGACCUCCUGAAGCACCGACAGGAGGAGGACCUCCUGAAGCACCGACAGGAGGAGGACCUCCUGAAGCACCGACAGGAGGAGGACCUCCUGAAGCACCGACAGGAGGAGGACCUCUUGAAGCACCGACAGGAGAAGGACCUCCCGAAGCACAGACAGGAGGAGGACCUCCUGAAGCACCGACAGGAGAAGGACCUCCUGAAGCACCGACAGGAGAAGAACCUCCUGAAGCACAGACAGGAGGAGGACCUCUUGAAGCACCGACAGGAGGAGGACCUCCUGAAGCACCGACAGGAGGAGGACCUCCUGAAGCACAGACAGGAGGAGGACCUCUUGAAGCACCGACAGGAGGAGGACCUCCUGAAGCACCGACAGGAGGAGGACCUCCUGAAGCACCGACAGGAGGACCUCCUGAAGCACCGACAGGAGGACCUCCUGAAGCACCGACAGGAGGAGGACCUCUUGAAGCACCGACAGGAGAAGGACCUCCCGAAGCACAGACAGGAGGAGGACCUCCUGAAGCACCGACAGGAGAAGAACCUCCUGAAGCACAGACAGGAGGAGGACCUCUUGAAGCACCGACAGGAGGAGGACCUCCUGAAGCACCGACAGGAGGAGGACCUCCUGAAGCACCGACAGGAGGAGGACCUCUUGAAGCACCGACAGGAGAAGGACCUGCCGAAGCACAGACAGGAGGAGGACCUCCUGAAGCACCGACAGGAGAAGAACCUCCUGAAGCACAGACAGGAGGAGGACCUCCUGAAGCACCGACAGGAGGAGAACCUCUUGAAGCACCGACAGGAGGAGGACCUCCUGAAGCACCGACAUGAGGAGGACCUCUUGAAGCACCAGCAGGAGGAGGACCUCCUGAAGCACCAGCAGGAGCAUCACCCAGAAGGUGUCCACCCUUCUAGCGCGGGUACAGCAGCUCCUGAGGGCGGUAUGGCUUUUGUCGUCGUAAUGGUAACGAGGCGUAUAUGGAAGUAUAUAGAAGUAUAUACGCUCAUUCGCUUAAUUAAUAUUCCGUACAUCGAUAGUGGAUUAUCUUUUGUAUCUAAGAUGUACACACUUGUGUCAGAACACAACCCACUAACAGCAUCAGCAGAAACCUCCCAAAAGAAGCCAUCGGCGCCUGACACCACCAAGCUCAAGCGAGAGUCUUUGUACUCGAGCCAACAAUGCGCCGAUACUUUUGUUGACAUUUUUUCUACCAGUUCGCCAGCUUUGUUUCUUGGCUCGGCAUUGUCUGGCCCUGAGCCUUACCCCGUCCAUACACGAAUGGGAUAUUUUAUGGAAAAAAGGAGAGUGGCUGAGUUUGGAAAAAGCAAUCUCUCCUGCUAUGAUCGGGAAAGUGAGCACUGA